AUGCAUGCUGCGAACGUGAACGUCGUGAAGAGUGAAACGGAGCUUGGGAAGACGCUUGUCUAUUUUCGGCCUAAUGCAUUCACAGGGAUAUCGGUACCUAGCCGCGGAAGUCCGCCCAUUCGUCACCGCGCGACUGGUGAGGCUGGAAAUGUGUUUGACCAGCUUACUGUACUUCUACCUGCUACUGUGUUGAACUAUCCAUGGUGUCGUCGUCGCGUCUCUACUGCAUUGGCUGUGUCGACUACCAUUGGUAAAUCCUAUUUCCACCGUCUUCCAAGUCGCAAGGUACGCGCCGUUGCCACCAUCGGACACACGCCAGCGCCUGCCUCUCACCCCACCUAUCCCACACUUUAUCCUCCUCGACGCCUCUAUGCAACCAUGAAAUAUCUCAGGGGCCUUUUGCUGCCCGCCCUGCUGGCACUAGCACCCUCGAUUGCUGCCAAGAAAGACGAGCCGCUCAUCGAGACGACCGCAUUCAAGAAUGACCUCAUCAAUCUCAUGUACUUUGACGAUUCUGGAGUCGCCUUGGUACAGGAAAUCGAAAACGGCAACGUCUGGCGCUCACACGAUGCCGGCAAGGGCUGGUCACAGAUAAAGGAUGUGAGCAAGGUACUACGGAUAACCAAGAGUCCAUACGAUAACAAAGCCGCCAUAGUUCUGGGCGAGAAGAAGCACUGGAUCACAUACGAUCGGGGGGAGAACUGGGACAGCUUCGAGACAGAGUUCCCGCCCUCGCCAGUUGCGCCUGUCGGUUGGCACGCGUCAGACAACAAGAAGAUUUUGGUAAACGAGAUCGAGGACUGCUUUUUGGCGCCAUGUCUGGGCAGAACAUACUACACCACCGACGGCUUCAAGUCGAAACCGAAAGUCCUCGUCGAAGACCGUCGCAUGUGUCAAUGGGCCAAAGGCUCUGAGCGCUUUCUGGAAGGCGAGGACAAGCACGAUUCACGGAUACUAUGCAUUACCAGGGGAAAGUACUCCGACAGGUCCAAGGAUUUCAGACUCCUAAUUUCAGACAACUUCUUCAAAGAUAGCGAGGAACCGAAGAUGUCGUCCGGACGAACCGUACAGGGCAUGACCAAUAUGGCAGCUGUGAAAGGCUACAUUGUUGUUGCUAGCAAACCUGACCACUCGAACGAGCUCUCCCUCUACACAACCCAAGACACUGAGACAUGGCACCACGCGCAAUUCGGCGACCACAAGAUUGAGGAGGAUGCAUAUACCAUACUCGAGUCGACAAACUACAGUAUCCAGGUGGAUGUCAUGACCUCGAAAUACGUCGACAUGGGCAACAUGUACACGAGUAACUCAAGGGGCACUUACUUCACCAAGAAUGUGGAACAUACCAAUCGCAACCAGGACGGAUUCGUCGACUUUGAGAAGAUUGCCAAUAUUCAGGGAGUGGUGCUGGUGAACACCGUUGACAAUUGGAAAGAGUACGAAAAGAGUGGCCAGAACAAGAAGCUGAAGUCGCGCAUCAGCUUUGAUGAUGGAAGAUCAUUCGAAAAGCUUACUGUCAAAGGCAAAGACGAUGAACUACACCUUCACUCGGUCACAAAUCUGCACAACAGCGGCCGCGUCUUUUCAAGUCCGGCACCAGGCAUCGUGAUGGGAGUGGGAAAUACCGGGGAACACCUGGGAAAAUACACAGACGGUGAUCUAUACGUUUCUGAUGACGCAGGCCUGACAUGGGAGAUGGCACUUAGCGAAGCACACAAGUACGAAUUUGGCGAUCAGGGUUCGGUCCUGGUCGCAGUCUUCGACGAAGGGGACACCGACGAGAUUAGAUAUUCUUUCAAGCAUGGACGGAAAGAUAGCUGGAAGAAGAUCAAGCUCGACUACAAGAUCCGAGCUCGAGAACUAACGACACUUCCCGACGCGACGAGUCUCAAGUUCAUGAUGUACGCAUCUAGGAAGAAAGAGGGUGGAGGCCGAGAACACGUCAUUAUCCAUCUGGACUUCGCCGACAUGCUUCCCAAGUGUGAAGACAAAGAUUUCGAUGACAAGUGGUCUGUACGACAAGAGACGGAUGGCAAGCCUAGUUGCGUCAUGGGCCACAAGCAGCUAUUCCGCAGGCGCAAAUGGGAUGCUGAGUGCUUCAUUGGCGACGUAUUCAAUGAUCCUGUUCCGACGUUCGAGCCUUGCGACUGCGACGAGAUCCGAGACUACGAAUGCGAUUUUGGUUUCGAUCCAAGCGGUGAGGGUAAGGACAAGAAAUGUGUACCUUCCGACUCGAGAAAACUACCGGAAGGUGCUUGUGAAGGCGACGCCAAAACCUUCAAGGACAAAUCGGGCUGGAGAAAGAUCCCCGGGAACCAGUGCAAGGGCGAGACGGACCGAGAAAAGGAGGUGGAGCGUCCUUGUGGUGACGCAGAGAAGCAGCCACCCAAGAGCAACAAGAUCACCAGCGAGCUCACAAAGUUCAAGGGUGGCAACUUCCAAGAAUACUACUAUCUCGAACGAAAUGCUCAAGCCGAUGAUGACAAGCCAAACGACCGCGACAAAGAUGAGACAGUUGUCAUGUUGACAGACGAACGUACCGCUUGGAUCACUCACGAUCAUGGAAAGAAAUGGAAGAAGGCAGUGGACGAUGAGAUUGUCCGAAUCUAUCCCCAUCAGUACGAGAACAACUACGUCUACUUCCUGACGGCCACGAAGAAGGUGUACUACUCCGAGGAUCGUGGAUUGCAUGACAGUAUACAUUCAUUCCAGGCACCCACCAUGCCCAACACGGAGAGGCUCGAGAUCAUGCGGUUUCAUCCAAAUCAAAAAGGAUGGCUGAUAUGGAUGGGUGGUAAAAACUGCGAAAAGGUUGGCGACAAAGACUGUCAUACCGUGUCAUACAUCUCGCAGAAGAAUGGACAAGAAGAGAGCUGGGAACCCAUGGUGCCUUACGUCAAGAAGUGUGUGUUCAUCUGGCGGGAAGCUGGGCGGAAGGUCAAAGAAGAGCAGGUCUUUUGCGAGCAAUACACGAACGAGGAAAUGGGCGCACCGCUGCAGCUCAUUUCUAGUGAUGACUGGUUUAAGAAGAAGGAAGUCAAAUUCAAGUCUGUUGUUGAAUUUGCAACCAUGGCUGAAUUUAUCGUGGUAGCGACAAAGGCCGAUGACGGAACGUUGCACCUCGAUGCUACCCUGGACGGAUCCACUUUUGCAGAGGCCAAGUUCCCACCAAAGUUCUUCGAUGUUCACCAAACGGCAUACACAGUCUUGGACAGUUCAACCCAUGCAGUGUUCCUACACGUCACGGUCAACCCGCAGAGGGAUCAGGAAUAUGGUUCUAUCAUCAAGAGUAACAGUAAUGGCACUUCGUAUGUCAUGAGCUUGAGCGGUGUCAACCGCAACACGGAGGGAUACGUCGACUUUGAGAAGAUGCAGGGUCUUGAAGGUGUCGCUGUUGCAAAUAUUGUGGCCAAUGUUGACGAGGUCAACAAUGGUACCAAGAAGCGAAAGCAAAGUCGCAUUACUCACAACGAUGGUGCAGCUUGGGAGCCUUUACAAGCCCCUGAGAAGGAUUCAGAGGAUCAGCCCUACAAAUGCGAUGUCUCGGAUAAAGAGAAGUGCAGUCUUCACAUUCACGGAUACACUGAGCGUGCGGAUCCUCGCGAGAUGUACUCUUCGCCGACCGCUGUAGGCAUGAUGCUUGCGGUUGGCAACGUCGGUUCUGAGCUGACGACAUUUGGCGAAGCCAGCACUUUCAUGACGAUUGAUGCUGGUAUCACCUGGAAGGAGAUCAAAAAGGGCACCUACGCUUGGGAGUUUGGUGAUCAAGGAGCCAUCAUCGCCAUUGUUCGCCGAGGUGAAGACACGGACCACAUAUACUAUUCUCUUGAUUAUGGCGAGAAGUGGAACCUCUACAAAUUCUCCGAACACAAGAUUCGGGUCGAUGCCAUCACCACGGUCCCUAGCGACACCUCACUCAACUUCCUCUUAUGGGGCAAGGACAGCAAAGAACUUGUUGCAGUCAACAUUGACUUUUCUGGCUUGCCUGACUUCAAGCGCAAAUGCGAAAUCGACGAGGACAACCCAACGGCUGGUGACUUUGAUCUCUGGUCCCCCCAGCAUCCUUUGCAAGACGGUGACCAAGACUGUCUUUUUGGCCACGUAGCGCAAUAUCACCGUAAAAAGCGCGGUGCUCAGUGCAAGACGCAGCAGCGUAUUGAUCACAUGCACAACAUUGCCCGGAACUGCACCUGCACCAGGCGUGACUACGAAUGUGCAUACAACUACGAGCGCAAGCCCGGCGGCGAAUGCGAAAAGAUUCCUGGCCUCGAACUGGCCGACCCCAAGGAAGUGUGUUCCAAAGGCGCAAAGGAAUGGUGGGACCCGUCACCGUACCGCAAAAUCCCCCUCUCGACGUGCCAAGGCAAGGAAAUGGAUCAGAUUGGCGAAGUGCACGCCUGCCCCGGCUUUGAAGAGGAAUUCGAGAAGAAGCACGGCCUGUCCGGGUUUGGCAUCUUCCUCGCCGUCGUGCUGCCCUUUUUGGCCGCCGGCGGCAUCGGCUACUAUGUCUGGCGCAACUGGGACGGCAAGUUUGGUCGUAUCCGAUUGGGAGAGAAUGGCGGCAGUUUUGACAGCGAUGCGGCGUGGGUGAAGUGGCCUGUUGCCGCCGUUUCGGGGCUCGUGGCUGUCGUCACCGCCAUUCCGUUGGUCAUGGGCAGUCUGUGGAAUUUCCUGGCGAGUCGCAUGGGCGGUGGGUAUGGUGGCAGGACGUAUACGAGUCGCAGUUCGUUUGCGAGGGGGAGGGGGGAUUAUGCGGUUGUGGAUCCGGAUGAGGGGGAGUUGUUGGGCGAGGAGAGUGACGAGGAAGUUUGA